AUGAAAAUAUCAAUGCCCAGCUCAACAGGCUCAACGGCCAUGUCAAUGUCACCAACCAGCACAAUGUCAGGCAUGUCGAUGGCCAGCUCAACCAGUUCUUCGAUGUCAAUGUCGUCCGAUACAAUGAUGGGUAUGGACUCUAUGGCAAUGACAUUCUUCACCUCUUCAACCACACCUCUUUACUCAAUGGAUUGGACACCGAGCACCACUGGCCAGUACGCAGGCACAUGCAUCUUUUUGAUCGUAUUUGCGGCAAUCUUUCGAGCACUGUUGGCUGUCCGAGUCCACUUUUAUCAGCUGUUAGCUGCUGCCGAUACCCGCCGCAGUGGUGGUCUAAUCUAUGAACCACAUCGGGAAGAGAAGUCGAUUCGGCGCCAAUGGCAGGCAAGAGAGGCAGUUUUGCUAGGAUUGAUUGACGUCGUACUUGCGGGCGUGGGAUAUUUACUAAUGAUUGCGGUAAUGACCAUGAAUGUCGGAUAUUUCCUUAGUGUAUUGGCUGGCGUUUUCGUCGGGGGUGUUUUGUUUGGUCGUUAUCUUGCCGAGUCAUCGGCGCAUUGA